AUGAAAAUAAGUCCUGCAGUUCCCAUUACACAGAGUGGCUUAAAAGCAGAUGACCCGGGGGCUCUGGGAGCCAGCUCUCGGGGCAGAGACAUGGCCCGGGGCCCCGGCCAGCUAGGCGGGCCUCGUCCGGACACAGUCAUCAUGCCCAAGAGAGGAAAGCAGUUCAAGUUCCGGGCCCACGACGCCUGCUCGGGCCGAGUGACCGUGGCGGACUAUGCCAACUCGGAUCCGGCGGUGGUCAGGUCUGGUCGGGUCAAGAAAGCCGUGGCCAACGCUGUUCAACAAGAAGUAAAAUCUCUUUGUGGCUUGGAAGUGUCCCAGGUUCCUGCGGAGGAGGCUCUCUCCGGGGUGGGUGAGCCCUGUGACAUCCUGGACAGCAAUGAUGAGAUGGACGCCCAGGAGGAAAGCACUCAGGAAAGAUCAGGCUCCAGAAAAAAGAAAAGCAAGAGACACAAAGAAGACAGUGAAGAUGAAAUAGAUGAUCAUAAAAAUGUACACCAGCAACGGCAGGCAGCAUCUAAAGCAGCUUCUAAGCAGAGAGAGAUGCUCUUGGAAGAUGUUGGCAGUGAGGAAGAGCCAGAAGAAGAUGAUGAGGCGCCAUUCCAGGAGAAAGAUUCUGGCAGCGAUGAAGAUUUCCUAAUGGAAGACGACGAUGAUAGUGAUUAUGGCAGUUCAAAAAAGAAAAACAAAAAGAUGGUUAAGAAGUCCAAACCUGAGAGAAAAGAAAAGAAAAUGCCCAAACCCAGACUAAAGGCUACAGUGACACCGAGUCCAGAGAAAGGCAAAGGGAAAGUGGGUCGCCCCACAGCAUCAAAGACAUCGAAGGAGAAAACUCCUUCUCCCAAAGAAGAGGAUGAGGAAGCAGAAAGCCCUCCAGAAAAGAAGACGUCUGCGAGCCCCCCACGCGAGAAGUCUGGGGACGAAGGCUCUGAAGAUGAAGCCGCUUCCGGGGAAGAUUAAAAGUGAUAUUUGGGGAGAGGUUGUAUUAGAAACAGAAAAGGAAACCUCCGUAGGACACGGUUUGGGCUGUGGCUCGACUCCUGGGCUUUCAGUGCUAUUUCAUUUGUCUAGAAUAAUGUUUUCCUCUCUAUCAUCUAUCUCUUCUCUCUCAAACCCAUUGUAUGCUUACGUGUUUAAGUUGCCAAUUUGUCUCAGUCUUUUCUUUGCCAAUCCCCUCCCCCUACAAAAGCCAUGUCAAUUAAUCACUGGAUUGUGUUUUUAAUGGAGGGAAGGAAUGCCAUGGCUGCAAAGCAAUAAGAUUUGAGGUGGACGCUAUGGAAACGGCUUUUUGCUAAAGAACAGCAUCUUGAACAGUAAUCAAAAACAAAAAACUAAAAAGGUUUUAAUUAAAUAAUUGUUCUUUCUUUUCCUGUACUUUUGACAGACAAGUUGUUAUUUAACAUGAGCUUAUAUGUUUAAACUGUAAAUGUCAAAAAGAAUCAUGACUCUUAAAUUUGUACUAGUGACACAGCAGUCGGGAGGCGAACAUGAAUUCUGGAUUGUUAACUCAGUACUCAGAUUAUUUCCUUGGGUGUGGAGGGAAUGGUGUUCCUGGAACUUAGUAUAUUUGUUAUUCUCAAAGAGAUUCAGAGCCAUUGGUUCUUUUGUCUUCAUAAUGAUCUUUUUUUUUUUAAAGUGGGCCACCAGAAUCAGUCUUAAUUUCAUAUUUCUUUCAUGUUUUCAUUGAUUCAAGUUUUUAAAAUACAUCCUGUUUUAGGGUAAAGUUUUUACCAAUGAUCAAAAAUUAAAAAGAGAUUUCUUUGAAUUUCAAUGACAAGAUGAGUCUACACCUCACAGUGCAUUUUUUCGCAGGCUGAUGAUGUUAAAAGUUUUAAGCAAAUAAAGUUGGAGUUAGUGUGAAGCUCAGAUACAAAAGAUUGAGAUUUAUCCUUUAUGAAUACAAAUAAUUGAAAUGAGGACCCAUGAACCAUACUAUUUUUAUUUGGGGAUAGAAACAGUUGUUUCCUUUUGAUAUUUAAAUCUUUCCUUCAUAGUAACAGGAUAAUGACAUAGCCUCACACCUUCCUCCUCCUUCUGCUUCCAUACUGUGGGCUUGUUUGCAUCUUAGUUGGUCUGGCCCCUCCCUUCUAUUCAUGUUUCUUUUUAAAGCAAGAGCCUGAGCCCCAAUGGGAUGAGCAAACUGUAUUUUAGGGUGCCUAUGUGCCAUUGAUAACAGUCUAGAUACCUUAGCAAAGCAUCAAGGACAGAUCAUCUAUAGGUUUGAUCCUCCACAUUCAGGUCUCAUUCGCCAGUAGACCAGAUGCAAAGAUUAGGGGUCCUAUUAUGCUACUAAAUUAAAGAUUUAGUGGAGUAAUUUCUGUAUAUUUUUCUGCACUUAAGCUAAAUUUGCUUCCUCAGUAUUCUGCUUUUGUGUUUUUUAAGUGACAUGUUUGUCUCAGACGAUGUCAUUUUCUUAAUAGGUGUUCGUAAGACAAAGGGUUAUUUAAGAAAUAUUUUUACUCUGGUUUUUAAGACACUUUAAAGAACAUUCUUAGAUCUGCUUUAAAAUAAAUAAAUGAAUAAAUAAAACACCUAGUGGCAGAGAGUUAUUUCAACCCUGCACUGCUAAUGAUAGAGUUUUAACAUGGCCAAAAAUAGAAACUUGAACAUAAGCAGUUGGAUUGCUGUGGUCUGUAGUGGGAUGCAGCACUGUGAUCUGUGUCGUGGAUAUGACAGAGGAUUCUGUCUGCUGUGGUGGG